GGGCCUUCGCUCUCCUGAGUCGGGACUUCCCCCCGCCCCCCAAGCUGCGCUGAAGCUGCUUGUCUGUGCAUGGGUGGGAACUUGCCAGGUUAAAUUCGUUGCAGAUAUUUUCGCCUCCUUUGCUUUUUAUUUGUUUUUUUUCCCCCUUCUACUUCUUUUGUCGGAGGUGUUGUUGACGUUGAGAGAAGCCAUGGUUAUCAAGGUCUUUAUAGCAAGCCAGUCCGGUUCCACCGCGAUCAAGAAAAAACAACAGGAUGUUCUGGGUUUUCUAGAAGCCAACAAAAUUGAUUUUAAAGAACUGGAUAUAGCAGCAAAUGAAGAUAACAGAAAAUGGAUGCGGGAAAAUGUUCCAGGAGAAAAACGCCCACAAAAUGGCAUUCCCCUCCCUCCACAAAUUUUCAACGAUGAACUGUAUUGUGGGGACUUCGAAGCUUUCUUCAAUGCCAAGGAAGACAAUGGAGUUUAUGCAUUUCUUGGUCUGGAUCCUCCUCCUGGUUCAAAGGAAGCACAUCAAGCUGCAAUCAUCCAGAAUGGUGAAGUUCCAGAAAAUGAUAAAGCAGAUGGCAAUGAGCUGCCUGUAGCUGCAGAAGAUCAGCCUGAAGAAAAUAUUGAAAUGUUGCAUAAUCAUUUUGAACAGUCAACAGAUAUAAAUGAAAACAUUGGUGAGAAUGAAGCUGACAAACAUGAGGAAUCUGUUCAUCAAACAAUUGAACCAGAAGAGACUACAAAGGAAGAGAAGGAACCAGAAAUAGAGGAUGAAGAAGCAGAGCCAGUUACAGAGGAUGAAGAAGAGCAACCUGUUACUGAGGAAGAGGAUGAAGUGGAUGAAUCUUAAAAAAAAUUUUAUGCU